AUGAGAAUAAUGAACAGGAAGGAGGAAGAAGGAGCAAUGGAUGGUUCUUUGUCAGAAACUUUUCGGAAUCAUCAUCAUGAUGAUGAAUUAAAAUCUCAAUAUAUUUAUUUAGAAAAUUCAGAACAUGUCCUUUCCGAACAAGAACAGGAAGAAACAAGUACAGAACAAUUGCCAACACAACGUCGUCAAUUAUGUUAUUGGAUUUCAAAGGCAAAAGAAUUAAAAUUAAAAGAAUCAGCUCUACGAAAAACAUUUGAAGGAAAUGGUUUUAUUUUGGUUUCAUCAGUGAUGGAUGAAUCGACUCAUUAUUUGGCAGUUUUUUGGGGACAUACUUUUCCGAGAUAUAAUAUUGUGAAAUGGAAUGAAUUACCUUCAUACACAUUGAUUAAUCAAUUUCCAAAUAGUCAUGAAUUGUGUAACAAAUCAUUGAUGGCUCUUAAUUUUCAGAAAGUGAACAAGUUGGAGCUUACAGAAACAGUGGAAUUUACAUCGAAAUAUGUACCUCCAUCGUUUUAUUUACCUCAACAAUUGGAAUUGUUUUUACAUUAUGCAAAAGAAGAGGUUUUAUUUCAAGAAAAUCAUUCCCAUCUAAAACAUGAUCAUCAAUUUUGGAUUGUUAAACCUCAUCGAUCGGGAGAAGGUCGUGGCAUCACUAUUUAUCCAUCCUAUCAACAAGUCAUUCAAAAUGAAUUUUCUGAAGUGGCUCUUUCAAAUAACCAUGAUGACACGGUUGUGGAUGAACACAUCAAGAAACAAAUCAAGAAUAAGAAAAUUGUCGUGUCCAAAUACAUUUCCAAUCCACUCUUGAUUCAUAACAAAAAGUUCGAUUUGAGAAUGUACGUGUUGGUGGUUGGAAAAAGGCAUUAUGAUGAAAGGGAUCGAAUUUAUUUCUAUCGAGACGGUAUUGUAAGAUUUGCCUCAGAAGAUUACACACUCUCCAAAGACAAUCUCAACAAUCAUUUCAUGCAUAUUACCAACAACUCUGUCAAUGACAAGAAGAAUAAGAUUCAAAACGAAACCAUUAUUGAAAAGUUUGGAUUUUUCUGCAACAUGUACUUGUCAGAUUUGAAAGAACAUUUUCCUCAGCAAGAUGAAUGGGAUGCAUUAUGGCGCCGAUUAGAUGAACUUGUGUUACAGUCGAUUCAUGCUACCAUUUUAAAUCCUGAAAAACAAGAUGAAUUAUUUCAUCAAUGUCGUCACAAAUGUUUUCAAUUGUAUGGUUAUGACAUUCUCAUUGAUGACAGGAUGCAUCCUCAUUUGUUGGAAGUGAAUUUAAUGCCAGAUCUUGCAGGUGUCAAUCAAUCGUUGGUGUUGUCAAAGAAUUAUGGUCUCAAAGCAAAAAUGUUGGCCAAUGCUUUGAAUUUGGUCAGAAUUCCAAUUCAUGAUUCGGAGAAUGUUGACGCCAAAGAUACCUUUACGAUUGAUACCACUCAACCAUUGGAAGUGAAUGAGAAGGAAAUUCUUGGAGAUUUUGUUCGAUUGCAGUGA